CCCCCCCUCCCCCGGCAGCCAUGGAGCGAAGGAACGAAGCGCAGAGCCUGGACUUCACCAUGGACAAUGUGGAGAAAGCUCUUCACCAGUUGUACUACGAUCCCAACAUCGAGAACAAGAACCUGGCACAGAAAUGGUUAAUGCAGGCGCAGGUGUCGCCCCAGGCGUGGCAGUUCAGCUGGCAGCUGCUGAGCAGUGGCAAGGUGCCAGAAAUCCAGUACUUUGGGGCCAGCGCCCUGCACAUCAAGAUCUCCCGCUACUGGGGGGACAUCCCGUCGGACCAGUACGAGACGCUGAAGUCCCAACUCUUCACACAGAUCUCCGCCUUCGCCAGCGGCUCCAAGAUCGUUCUGACGAGACUCUGCGUGGCCUUGGCCUCCCUGGCCCUCAAUAUGAUGCCGGACAUGUGGCCCCACGCCGUUCCGGACAUGGUCAGGGUGUUUCAGACGGAGGACGGGCAGACCAACGGCGGCGCUCGCUGCCUGGCGCUCCUGGAGUUGCUGACUGUUUUGCCGGAGGAGUUUCAGACCAGCCGCCUCCCGCCUUACCGCAAGGGACAAGUGCGCAGCUGCCUGGCGCAGGAGUCCGCCUGCAUUUUCCCGCUGCUGCGCCAACUGCUGCAGCAGAGCGACUCCCCGGGAUUUGUCAAACAGAAAGUAUUGAAGUGUUUCUCCAGCUGGGCACAGCUGGGCAUCCCGCUGACGGAGUGCGAGGAACUGACGUUGGCCGCGUUCAACGCUCUGCGGGAUCCUGAACUGUUUGACGCCGCCGUGGAAGCCUUAGUCAAUACCAUCUCCCAGCCGGAUGCACAAAGGUACGUCAACACGCUGCUGAAGCUCAUCCCCCAGGCGCUCGGCCUUCAGGAACAACUACAGCAAGCCGUGCAGAACGGCGACAUCGAGACCUCGCACGGCAUCUGCCGAGUUAUAGUUGCACUCGGAGAGAACCAUUCGCGGGCUCUCUUGGAUCAGGUGGAUCACUGGCAAAGUUUUCUGGCGCUGGUUAAUAUGAUCAUGUUCUGCACUGGUAUUCCGGGUCAUUAUCCAGUCAACGAAACCACCAGUUCCCUGACACUGACCUUCUGGUACACGCUGCAGGAUGAUAUCUUGUCUUUUGAGUCGGAGAAGCAGACGGUGUAUCUUCAGGUGUAUAGGCCGGUCUAUUUCCAGCUGGUGGACGUGUUGUUGCAGAAGGCGCAGUUCCCCGCUGACGACGAGUAUGCGUCCUGGUCCUCCGAUGAGAAGGAACAAUUCCGAAUCUACAGAGUUGACAUCUCUGACACCCUCAUGUAUGUCUAUGAGAUGCUGGGUUCUGAGCUGCUCAGUAACUUGUAUGAAAAACUCGGACGCCUCCUGACCUCUUCAGACCAACCCACAUCCUGGCAGCACACAGAAGCUUUGUUGUAUGGCUUCCAGUCCAUCGCAGAGACCGUGGAUGUCAACUAUUCGGACGUCGUCCCGGGGCUCAUCGGCCUCAUCCCUCGGAUCAACAUCAACAACGUGCAGCUCGCAGACACAGUCAUGUUUACUAUCGGGGCGCUGGCAGAAUGGCUGGCGGACCACCCAGUCAUGAUCAAUAAGGUAUUACCGCUCGUCCUCCACGCUCUGGGGAAUCCUGAACUGUCCGUGUCCAGCGUCUCCACCCUGAAGAAAAUCUGCCGGGAAUGCAAAUACGACCUUCUCCCGUACGCUGCCAACAUUGUCGCCGUGUCCCAGGACGUGCUGCUGAAACAGAUUCACAAGACCAGUCAGUGCAUGUGGCUGAUGCAGGCUCUGGGCUUCCUGUUAUCGGCUCUGCAGGUGGAGGAGAUCCUCAGCAAUCUACACUCCCUCAUCACUCCCUACAUCCAGCAGCUGGAGAAGUUGGCGGAUGAGACGCCGAACCCCUCUAAUAAACUGGCAAUAAUCCACAUCCUCGGCCUCCUCUCCAACCUCUUCACCACGCUGGACAUCAGCUGCCACGAUGAUGAGCAUGAGGCGGCGGAGGUCAAGAAGUUACCGGUGGUACAGGGACCCAACCCGGUGAGUCAACCCAGCUUGUCCCCCUUUUACUUUUACUUUACCUUUUCUUUUCCUUUCCUUUUUUUUUUUUUUUUCCUCUCUCCAUCCAUUGUUGUACCUAAGUGGGAACUCCGGGUUUCAUAUGUUUGCAGAUUUCGGUUUCCUUUUAU